CUCUAAUCAACCAAGGGAAAGGAAAUAAUGAACCCAAAGCAAAGCAUCUCCAAUCAAUUACACCUUAAAUCUGAUUCUUCAAAUAUUUUAUUCCUUUUAGCUUUUUCCACCAUUCAUCAUCAUCUAUUUCUCUCUCUCUUUUUUUUAAUUUUUAUUUUUGGAAAUCCAUCAUUCGUUAUGUGUAAGGUAAAUAUAUAUUUCCUCUCACAGAAAUGCGUAAAAUACUACUACUACUACAAAUCUGUGGCUGUAGACACCGUGUGACUGUGUGACUGUGUGUAUAUUUUGAUUAUUUUCUCCAUUUUUCAUUAUUCGCUUCGAUUUUGUUUCACACUAUUAAGCCUGGGUUUUUUUUAUUUGUUCUCCUUCUUAUCCACCGAAAAAUUGGCCACACAUCUGCCAUUUUUAUAAUUCAGAAUUGGAAAGUUUUCUCCUUUUUUUCACAGUUUCAACCUUUUGCUGCCAUCUUUUUACCUGCCUUUUUGCUGUUUUGUUCUCUCUAUACACAUGCAUAUGAAUGUGAAGAAGAAGAUCUCAGAUAUUUGAAGGGAUGGAAAGGGCCAAAGCCAAACAAACAUAAAACAGGGAGAGAGGAGAAAAAAAAAGGUUUUUUUUCCCUUUCCCUCUUCUUCAUGUCUUCUCCAUCCUCACAAAAAUUUCAUUAUUCUUCUCAAUAUAAACCAAAUAUCAGCAACCAAUAAACAAAGUCUUAUCGGCGGCUUUUUUGCGAUCUCAAUUCAUUCUCCAAUUUUCCGUUCUUCUGCUCUUUACUCCCCGCUUUCUCUCUACAGUUCGUUUUUUUUUUCCUAUUCUUUCUCCCCUUUUUGAUUGAACUUUUCAUCCAAAGUUUCUGUUUUUAGGCACCCCUUUUUUUUUCUCUCUCAACAUAUUUAAUUGUGGGUUGUGUUUAGCUUUUACUAUUUAUGAUCCUUUUGGCCUAUUUUAUUGUGGGUUGCUGAGCUGUACUUCCGUUUUUUUUUUUUUUCAUGUUGGGUACAAUUUAUGCUAACUGUAAUUAAUCUGGUUAGCGCUUUGGAAUCUUACGCAACCUUAUUCAGUUGGAUAUUUCGUUCGUUGUACUCUAUUGUUGAUUGUUUGAGGAGUUGAUCUGAGAAGGGAAGGAGUUGGAUUUUGAUUGAUUUUAAUGCAUGUCCCGGGAAGUCCUGCUUUGGUGAUUUACAUAUCAAGAUUGGUUCUUUAUUUCUGCUGUUUGAGAGGGAAAAAGUGAAAGGGCUAUCUUGUUUUUGGUGAGUAUAGCUAAAGUGUGAUUCAAUCUUCUAAUGCGUUUCGGACAGUCGGAGUGGUGGGUUGAUGAAAAGAGGAUAUUUAUGCAAAAUUGGAAUAUAAGAAAAAAGGUGCAUAGUUUAUAGAUCUGCUGUUUGGGAUUUGAAUCAUUUAUAGCUUUUCCCACAUUUUGCUUAUUAUUUUAAUGGUGGACGGAGGGGAGAAAAAGUGAGUGGAUAUUCUUGUCAAAUUGUUAUCAUUCUGUUAACCUUAAGUUCCAUCAGAAAAGAUUGUUCUUUAAAAAGUUAGAAGCUUUCUCUAGGUGAUUCUAUUGGAGACCCCUUUAGAUUUCAGUGGGUUAUGCUCAGUGGCUUAUUACCAAUUGUGGAUAAGAAAGUGAAGUUCUUGAGCUAAUUGGGUUUUUUUGGGGACUGGAUUUUUUAAGUUUUUGGGGAACUAUAGGGAGAGCUGUGACGGAUCCCAACACGGAAAAUAGCGGCUGUUACUGUCUGGCUGGACUGGAGUGCCUGUUUGAUAUACUCAGGGCCCUCAGGAUGGGGUCCUGCUUAUCCACUGAAAGCAGGAACACUCUUCCUGGUUCUCCGACCACCUCAGUCAGGAAGAGUAAGAACUUGAAGAGGCGGCCAUCUUUCCGGAGUUCUUCCUUAGAUCAUAAAAGAGAAGAAAUGCUUCAUAGAAUUCCGGGCAGAAUGUUUUUGAAUGGAUCAAGUGAAUUGGCAUCACUCUUUACCCAGCAAGGCAGGAAAGGAACCAAUCAAGAUGCUAUGAUUGUUUGGGAGAAUUUCGGUUCGAGGACAGACACAGUUUUUUGUGGUGUUUUUGAUGGACAUGGUCCCUAUGGUCAUUUGGUUGCCAAGCGUGUGAGAGAUUCUCUUCCAUUGAAAUUGAGCUCACAUUGGGAAGUUAAUAUAAAGAGUGAUGACGUCCUUCGGGAAAUCAGCCAGAACAGAACAAGCAGUAUGAACUCUGAUGAUGUUUCAUUAUCUUUUGUUUCUGCUGAUGAAGAAUCUAGACCUUCCAUAGAUGUUGAAGAUACAGAAAAGAACCCAGAGAUAUUUCAGACAUUGAAGGAAUCAUUCAUGAAGGCUUUCAAGGUCAUGGAUAGGGAACUGAAGAUGUACAGAAAUAUUGAUUGUUUCUGCAGUGGAACAACUGCUGUAACCUUGGUGAAACAGGGUCAGGAUCUUGUCAUUGGAAAUGUUGGGGAUUCUCGAGCUAUUCUGGCUACGAGAGAUGGAGAUAAUUCUCUUACUGCAAUACAAUUGACUAUUGAUCUCAAACCAAACCUUCCAGCGGAAGCUGAGAGGAUUCGCAAAUGUAAAGGACGUGUUUUUGCCCUCCAGGAUGAACCUGAAGUUGCAAGAGUUUGGCUACCAAACAAUGAUUCCCCUGGUCUUGCCAUGGCUCGUGCUUUUGGAGAUUUUUGUCUCAAGGAUUUUGGUCUCAUCUCUGUGCCUGAUAUUUCAUAUAGACGACUGACCGAAAAGGAUGAGUUUAUUGUCUUGGCAACUGAUGGGGUUUGGGAUGUUCUCUCAAACAAAGAAGUGGUAGAUAUUGUGGCUUCAGCCCCUGCACGUUCAUCUGCUGCUCGUAAGUUGGUUGAGUCAGCAGUUCGAGCUUGGAGGUCUAAGUAUCCGACAUCAAAAGUCGACGACUGUGCUGUGGUUUGCCUCUUCCUUGACAGUAACAAAAACAAUCUUUAUUCCACUGCCAAAUACAAAGAGCAGAGUGAAUCAGGUACCGCCGAGAAAGAAUCUCUGCCCAGCCCUACGGGAUUGAAUUGUUCUGGUACAGUUAGAUCCGAUAACGUAAUUCAAGAAGAGCAGAACGACGAAUCUGCAGAAGGGCUAUCCGAGUACGAGGAACUGAAUGUGGUGGAGCCGGGGAAAGAAUGGUCAGCCCUUGAAGGAGUGUCUCGUGUAAACACAUUGUUGACCCUGCCAAGGUUUGUACCUAGCAAAGAAGAUAAGAAAGCAGCAGAGUCGAAGAAACGGAAAUGAUUCCCCCUAAAAAAGUUUACUGGGUAAAGAAUCCAUUUUUAGUUCUGAAUUCAUUUUCCUUAGUUUCCUUGUAAGUUGUACUGUUUUAUUGAAUUUAUGAGUUCUUUUCGCUUCAUCUUUGUAGAAAGGGGGGAUAAAAAUGUAGGGUGCCAUUGAUGGUUUUUAGUAUUGGUUGACAGAGAGGUGAUGCCCGGCUUAUAUUAUUAGAGUGUUCGGGGGUUCAUCCUUUCUCUCUGUUUAGGUGGGAAUUGGAAUUUUGUAGUAUCCGGACUCUUCUCUGUUUUCUGCUUCUUUCUUUUUGUUUAUUAUUCUUAUUUUUUUCAAAAAUUAUUUUCCUGAAAUUGUAAUAGCUAUAAUUCUUAUCUUCGACUGUUUUUAGUUGUGUUGUGAAAAUAAUUUGGAGCAACAAAAACGUUUUGUUCAGUGAACUUGAAGAUUUCUCAUCCAUUUGUCAUUUUACACUACUUGAUAAUCUCUGGUUGGUUGAAUACAACUUCUAGGGUUCAUAGCUCUAUUUUAGCUCUGCCCACAUUCUUUUUCUCCUUGUAAUUCAUUCAUCAUUGAAUAAAAG